UAGAGUGCGCUGAAUGGAAGGUCACGUGUAGGGGGGAGAAGAUGGCGGCUGCGGAGAUGUGUGUCAGGAGUAGCAGAGAGUUAUGGACCAUCUUGAUUGGGAGAUCAGCACUGAGAGACCCGACCCAGAUUGAAGCAGAGCUGGAUAGAAACUGGGAGCGGUUGCUGUCGGGGCUGUCUUAUUAUAAACCCCCUAGUUCAGCUUCAGCUGAGAAAGUUAAGACGGAUAAGGAUUUGGCUCCACCAAUGAAGGACUUUGGGUUUAGAAUUAGUAAAUUCCUGGGCCUGGAUGAACAGCAGAGUGUGCAGAUAUUACAGUGUUAUCUGCAGGAGGACUACAGAGGUACCAGAGAUGCGCUAAAGUCUGUUUUGCAGGAUGAAAGACAGAGCCAAGCGCUGCUGUUAAAGAUUUUUGAUUACUACUAUGAAGAGAGGAUGUGCAUGCUGCGCUGUGUCCUGUUACUUCUCACAUACUUCCAGGACGAAAGACACCCAUACAGGGCAGAGUAUUCAAAAUGUGUUGAUAAGCUGGAGAAAGAGCUGGUGCUGAAGUACCGACACCACUUUGAACAGCUGUUUAGAGCAGAAGCUCCAUCGUGGGAAACACAUGGCAAUCUCAUGACUGAGAGGCAGGUGUCUCGAUGGUUUUUACAGUGUCUCCGGGAGCAGGCACUGCUGCUGGAGAUUAUAUUCCUGUACUACGCCUACUUCGAGAUGGCACCAAAUGACCUCCUAGCUUUCACGAAAAUAUUUAAAGAUCAGGGUUUUGGAAGCAGACAGACAAACAGACACCUGGUGGACAAGAGCAUGGAUGCACUGAUUGAUCGAAUUGGGUACUUCAGUUCUCUCAUCCUGGUGGAAGGGAUGGACAUUGAUUUCCUGCAUAAGUGUGCCCUUGAGGAUAGGACAGAAGAGCACCAGUUUGCUAACACUCCCGCAGUCUGCAAAGAAAUGGACCAGCUGUUACAAACGUUUGGAGACAUUCCCCAUCAUGCACCUGUGCUGCUAGCGUGGGUAUUGCUGCGCCACACACUGAGCCCAGACGAAUCCAGUCCUGUGAUCAGAAGGAUAGGCAAUACUUCCCUGCAGCUCGGUGUCUUUCAGUACCUGACAAGCAUGCUGAAAGCUCUGGGUGGCAGUGGAAACAAUUGCACAGCCAGUACAGCACGGAUGUGCGUCUAUGGCCUUAUUUCCUUUGUUAUUACAUCUUUUGAGGAAGAUGCUCUCGGAAGCCAGCAGCACCUAAUAGAUGCAGCUUGUGAAGUGCUAGCUGCCCCCAGCCUUGCAGAACUUUUCUGGGAAACAAAGCCGACUCUGGGUCUGGGGAUGAUCUUGGACAGUGCAAUGGGGAUGUUCCCACAGAAGAUAGGCCCCCUCCUUCAGCUUCUCACAGCUCUGCUUUCAGACAAAUCCACUGCUAAAAGGGUGUACAGCUUCCUGGAUAAGAUGUCGUAUUACACAGAAGUGUACAAACGCAAACCGAACGACAUCCUGUCACAUGAGGAUGAGACCAUUUGGAGGAGACAGACACCCAAACUCAUUUAUCCCCUUGGUUUGGGGCAGACAAACCUGCGUAUGCCGCUAGGUACUUUAGGCCAGGUGGUGCUAGGAGAGCAGGGGUACAUGGUGCGCUGGGACUAUUCCUACAGCUGCUGGACCCUCUUCACCUGUGAAAUGGAGAUGCUGCUACACGUUGUAUCAACUGCAGAUGUCAUCCAGCACUGCCAGAGAGUCAAACCAAUCCUUGAUCUAGUCCAUAAAGUAAUCAGCACUGAUUGGUCAAUUUCUGACUGUCUUCUACCAAUAACAUCGCGUAUUUACAUGCUACUGCAGAGACUGACCUGCGUUAUAAACCCACCCAUUGAUGUGAUUGCUUCCUGUGUGAAUUGUUUAACAGUAUUAGCUGCGAGAAUGCCAGCAAAGGUUUGGGCAGACCUUCAUCACACAGGAUUUCUGCCAUUUGCUUCAUCUCCUGUGACCAGCAUUGCACAGUCUAUUAGUGCUGAAGGUAUGAAGGCUGGCAACUACGGCAAUCUGCUCAUUCUAAUUGAGCAACCGCAGGGGGAAUAUGCUGUGACGAUCGCGUUCCUACGCUUGAUCACCUCCCUUGUGAAGGGCCAGUUAGGUAGCACACAGAACAAAGGUCUUAUUCCCUGUGUGCUGUUAGUUCUAAAGGAGAUGCUGCCAACCUAUCACAAGUGGCGCUACAAUGCCUACGGGGUGCGAGAGAGAAUAGGCUGCCUGAUUCUAGAGCUGAUACACGCAAUUCUAAAUCUAAACCCUGAAGGAGAAGGAAGUGCCCCCAGUUUGCAGUCCCUGUGUAUCUACAGCCUGGCUAACACCGAGGCUGGGCAAGCUGUCGUUAAUAUCAUGGGCGUCGGAGUGGAUACCAUUGAUGUAGUCAUGGCUGCUCAGCCAAGCAGUGGUGGUUCAGAAGGACCUGGACAGAUGCUGAUUCAGACUGUAAAGCUAGCUUUUUCGGUGACUAACAAUGUCAUCAGAUUGAAGCCUCCCUCUGAUAACGUGUCCCCCCUGGAGCAGGCUCUCACGCAGCACGGUGGCCAUGGAAAUAACCUGAUUGCUAUUUUAGCGAAGUACAUCUACCACAAACAUGACCCAGCGCUGCCACGCCUUGCUAUCCAGUUGCUGAAACGCUUGGCAACGGUGGCUCCCAUGUCGGUGUACGCCUGCCUGGGCAGCGAUGCAGCUGCGAUACGGGAUGCUUUUCUUACACGUCUGCAAAGCAAGACCGAGGACAUGAGGAUCAAAGUGAUGAUCCUGGAGUUCCUGACAAUCGCAGUGGAGACGCAACCAGGUCUCAUAGAGCUGUUUCUCAACCUGGAACUGAAAAACAGAGCAGAAGGAUCAAAGGAGUUUCUGCUUGGGGAAUGGAGCUGUCUGCAGGUUGUUCUUGAGCUGAUUGACUCCAGACAACAGGGGAAGUAUUGGUGCCCUCCUCUGCUACACCGAGCAGCCCUCUCCUUUCUCCACGCACUCUGGCAGGACCGGAGAGACAGUGCCAUAUCUGUACUGCACACCAAGGAGAAAUUCUGGGAAAAUUUGGCAACUCCACUUUUUGGGACCCUCCCCCCUCCCUCCGAGACAACAGAGCCUUGUAUACUUGAAACGUGUGCCUUGGUCAUGAAAAUAAUUUGCCUAGAAAUCUACUACGUUGCCAGCGGAUCCCUGGAGAAGUCUUUGAAAGACACGCUGGUGAAAUUCUCGAGCAGCAAGCGCUAUGAAUACUGGUCCAAGUAUGUGAUGUCGCUGGUGUGCCACAUGGCUGAAACGGAAGGGGAUGGGAUCCGCUCAGUUACAGAGUGCCAGAUGCUAGUCUCUGCUUGGAGAAUGCUACUAAUCCUCUCCACUAGUCAUUCCGACGUGAUGCAGCUCACUGAUGGUCGUGUUCGGCAGCAGCUCUUCCUGGAUGUUUUAGGCGGGACCAAAGCUGCGUUAUUGGUGCCAAUGUCUAUCCCUUGCCUGCGAUUUGGGUCAAUGCUGGCCACCCUGCUGUUGACUCUGCUCAAGCAGUGGAAGAGUGUUCUUGUUUCAGCUGCUGACAUCCUGGACCCCCUGGCUCAGAUCUUGGAGAGCAUCUUGCAAGCGGACCAACAUCUGAUAGAAAGGACCAAAGCAAAAGUUUUUUCUGCACUUCUUUCAGUUCUGCAGAGCCUACAGCAAAAAGAGGAAGAGGCCCCCCACAUUCCCCAGCUCCCCCAGCUUCUGCUUAGUGUUUGCGAGACGGCACAUGAAGAGGCAUUAGCCCUGCUGGACAGCACGCGACACGCAGCCGUGUUCGGGGAGAGAGUCUCUGAGGACAAGGACAGUAUGGAGACAGACACAGCACCAAGGGCAUUGCAUAAGGACCAGAGGGAUGGGGUGUGUGUGCUGGCCCUGCACCUUGCUAAGGAGUUGUGCAAGAUGGAUGUCGAAGGGGACCAUUGGCUGCAGGUGAUGCGCAAACUCCCUGUGAUCCCCUCAGUCCUCGGCACCCUCGAGCUGAGCCUGCGGCUGAAACAGAAUUUGCAUUUCACUGAAGCUGCCCUGCACUUGCUCCUCACGUUGUCCCAUACCCAGCAGGGUGCAGCAGCAGUGGCUGGCGCUGGAGUCAUUCAGAGUAUCUGUUUGCCCCUUCUCAGUGUUCACGAGAUCAGCACUAAUGGAGCCUCCCAGAGCUCUGGUUUUUCACGCAAGUCCCAGGACGCCCCCUCUUGGCCUGGUGUGUAUCGCCUCUCAAUGUCCCUGAUGGAGAGCCUGCUGAAGACGCUGCGCUAUAAUUUCCUGAAUGAUGCCCUGGAUUUUGUGGGGGUCCAUCAGGAGAGAAUACUCCAGUGUUUGAAUGCAGUGAGGACGGUGCAGAGUUUAGCCUGCCUGGAUGAAGCGGAUCACACCGUGGGUUUCUUGCUGCAGCUCUCCCACUUCUGCAAGGAGUGGCAGUUCCACCUGCCACAGCUACUGAGGGAUGUGCAGGUGAACCUAUGUUAUCUUUGUCAGACGUGUACCUACCUUCUGCACAGCAAGAAAAUGCUCCAUCACUAUCUACAGACUAAGAAUGGAGACGGUAUCCCUGCCGGCCCCCUCCCCCGGUCUCAGAGAGCCCCGCACACCCCCUCCAAGCAGCCGAGUUCAGAGGAGGAGCAGGCGGAGCACAGAGCCCUACAGACAGUGCAGAGCAGCCUCCUGAAGAUCCUCAGCAAGACCCUCGCUGCUCUCCGCCACUUCACCCCGGACUUCUGCCAGAUUCUACUCGACCAAUCUCUGGACCUGGCACAGUACAACAUUCUGUUUGUUCUGAGCUUCACCACACCUGCGUUCGAAUCGGACGUGGCUCCCUCCUUCGGAACGUUGCUGGCCACUGUGAACGUGUCCCUGAGCAUGCUGGGAGAGGUUGAAAAGAAGAAAGAACCAGCACCCUCGAAUGUGGGCUCUUUGGCAUCUUUUGAGGAAACCAAGCCACUCAAGUCUCUUCUGAUGUUUUCAAUGGAGAACUGUUUCUACGUAUUGAUCUCGCAAGCAGUGCGCUACCUUAAAGAUCCCAGCGUUCACCUUCGAGAUAAACAAAGAAUGAAACAGGAGCUGAGCUCUGAGCUGAGCACCCUCCUUUCCAGCCUUAACCGUUACUUCCGCCGGGGUUCCCCCUCCUCCCCAGCUGGGGGGCUGCUCCCCUCCCCUCAGGGCAAGCCCUCGGCCUCUGGGUCCAAAUCGGGGCUGGAUGGCCAGGAUCUGAUCCAGCUGGUGCAGGCCUUUGUCAAGCACGUCCAGAGAUAGACCCAGCCCAGCAUUGCCUUGGAACGACUUAUUUAAACUGUUCAAGCAACCAAAUAGAAAAAAGAACUAAAAGAUAUAUUGCACCGAUAUAUUUUUUAAAAAACAUUUUUUUUUUUUUUUUUUUUUAUAUCCAUCAGCAACAAAAAAGAAACUUAACUGUAGUUGAAUUUAGUCGGUAGUGUUUUGCUUCAGUAAUGACAGAAGGUUGUGGGGUGGUGGCAGUAUUUAGUGGGAGGUUAGUUGACGCCUGUUGUCAGAUUCCUAUUUCUGCAGAAGUAUUUUAGAAUAGUUCUUUUAAAAACACUUGUGCUCUGGUUAACCAUAUAAGACUAUGCAGUUUUAUAGUAGGUUUUGUAUUUCCCUUUGCCCGAGUGACCUGCUGUAAAAUUAAUCUAAUCUGAUACUCAGAUGUGUCAAGGGUUUGUUUUAUUUGGUCUUCAUGACACCCAAGAAGAAACCCAACAGUUAUGCUUAUGUUUUGGUGUAUAACGCACACCUGUCUGCAAAACCCUUCAUUUGUCAUGGGAUGCAUAAUGGAUUUUGUGUAAUUCCUGAAAUAAAUUAGUUGUAUUAAAUGCAUUGAACAACACAGCUGGGUAUAACUUCCAAUGGAAAAUGUAUUAAUAAAAACUAUAUAAAAAGGUGUGUGGUAUAGAUCAAAAAGAAGUACAGUAAUUCAGUCAACUUGUAUUAUGGUUUAAACUGUUACAUAAAUGGCCCUGAGCGGACUUUAUUUUAUGGUACAACAUCACUUAUAAAAUAAUCAAUACGCAGGCUUUUCCAGCUGUUGAUGGCUGUUAAUACACAGAGUCUGUUUCCGUAUGUAGUUCUCGGAUUGUGACGAUAACUGCUCUGUAUCUUGUUCUGGUUGAAAACUGAAGCUGAUUUUUAAGGCAUGUCUCGGAGUUUAAAAUCUAAACCAAACUGAAGGAGGUUGUUUUUCAUGCCUUUUUGUUUUGUGUAAAGUUGAACAACUUCUCUGAUCGUUUAGUAUUUGUAAAAAUGCAAUGUUGUUGAGCUUCUGUGCAUUUGAAUGACUUGUAUGCUUGUUAUUUCAUAUCCAGUGUUUGUUUUUAUUGUGUGUGUGCGCGUGCGAGCGAGUACCAUGUGUGAGCGAGAAAAAAGUACUGCAGACAUCGGAUGUGUCUCAAAAAAACUGCAAAACUGUGUACCUUUACAAAAAAAAGAUGGAAUUCAUUUUUUCUUAUAGUUUCAGAUUUAUACAACUAUUAAAAGACUUGUAGAAGACAUAUGGAUACUGGUGUU